UGAAUAAAGACUAAAUUAACUCGAAUUCGUGCGAACUUUGACCGCACGUAAUCACGCUUUCAUUCUUAUUCGAUAAAUAAAUAAUCCACAUAUAUAUCCGGACUCAAUACUUGAAGUCGAAAUGGACUCGAGACGGGAUACUCUCGGAGUGGCUCGACUGGAAGUUGCAAAUAUCCCGCCUACAUUCGUUUCUCGCGCCAAUUUCACGCCGUUGUUUCAUGUUCGCUGUGUCAAUGGACGGUAAUAACGCAAGUGUUAAAAGUAAAUACAUCAUUUGAGCGAGAAUGAAAUUCAGAUGCAGGAUGGUGGACACGGGCGCUAUGCGGGAUUUCACGAACAUCGUCAAUACUAUAUCCCGGAUGACCCGGAAGUACUGCGUCUUGCGACUCACAUCGGACGAAUUGUGCUUCAACGUCGGCGAUGAGAAAACACCCGUGCUCUGGGCGGUGCUCUCUCAGGAACACUUCUUUACCGAGUACAUCAUGAUCGGCGUGUGCGAAGACGAGAACGAAAUCUACUUGGAAUUCGACGCGUCCAUGUUCGCCAGAAGCUUAAACAGCCUGAAAGCAACAGCAAAGAACAUGAAGAUCAAAUUGACAAACAAGCGACAGCCCUGCCUGACAUUUGAGAUCGAUCUAUCUUCCUUAGCUAUCGAGACGCGACAAUGUAUGCACGAUGUGCCAGUAAGGCUGAUACCACGUAAGGAGUGGCCAGAGCACAAAAUGCCAAUCAUCUCAAACUUCAAUGUAUCACUGGAGAUACCACAGAUCAAAUACCUGCGGCAUAUCGUGGAAAGGAUGAAGAGUAUGAGCCCCAAGUUGACAGUAAUUGCCAACAAACAUGGUACAUUGAUGCUAAGAAUCGAGGUAGAUCACGCUACUGUAACGAGUCACUUCAGAGAGCUACAAAUUUGGAUGAACAGGCUAGAAAAGCAGGAAGAUGAGGACAGUGAUGUUUCUGCGACUGUUAGCAUAAAGAAACUCGCGAUGUUUCUGAGUUGGGACGUUCUUCAUCCGGACAGUGUCAAGUGCUACAUACUGCACGAAAAGAUGAUAAAACUGACUAUGGACAUAGGAGAUCAUGUUAAGAUGCAUUAUUUUGAGCCAGCUGUUGCCUCGUGAGCAUGCUUGAAAAGAAGCUCAAUCAU